AUGUAUAUAAAUAUUAAAAUUUAAAACAAAUGGCAGUCAUCACUACUUCUCUCGUCGAAGUACUUGGUGAUAAAUCUAACACCACGUGAAGGCAUCACACCCCAGUCUUACCCUCCGCCCCCGUCCACGCACCGAGGUGAUUAUGGGACGCUGGGACCAGCCCUGUGACGCCGCUCCAGCCGCUCCCAACGCCCGGCGGACCCUGCCCUCUCAAGUCCACCCAGAGCUCCAUUCAAAGUGCUGAGAUUCGGGUGAGAGCCACGUCCAGCCUCACACCGCACGGGAGAACACGACAGAACUGAAGGCAGCGGGACAAGGACUCUCCACUUUGCUGAAAUCACUUCUGGGACCCUGAUUCUGUCCAGAGAGUGGAUUUUUUUUUAGAACAACAGGGAGCAGCUCCUGCAGAGAUAAAGAGUGGGGGGCACCUGCAGCCAUGAUGGAGGUGAAGACGUCCCUUCUAGACAACAUGAUCGGGGUGGGAGACAUGGUCCUCCUGGAGCCCCUGUCUGAAGACUCGUUCCUGGACAACCUGAAGAACCGCUUUGACCACAAUGAGAUCUACACGUACAUUGGCAGUGUGGUGAUCUCCAUGAACCCCUACAGGUCACUGCCCAUCUACACGCCAGAGAAGGUGGAGGAGUAUCGCAACAGAAACUUCUACGAACUUAGUCCACACAUCUACGCGUUGGCAGAUGAGGCCUACCGAUCCCUGAGGGACCAGGACAAGGACCAGUGCAUCCUCAUCACGGGGGAGAGUGGAGCUGGGAAAACCGAGGCCAGUAAGCUGGUGAUGUCAUAUGUGGCAGCGGUGUGUGGGAGGGGCCAGGAGGUGAACAAAGUCAAGGAGCAGCUGCUGCAGUCCAACCCAGUACUGGAGGCGUUUGGAAACGCCAAAACAGUGAGGAACGACAACUCGUCCAGAUUCAUCAUGAUUCAAAUCAAAUGUGACCUGCAGUUGUUGCUUCUUCUUCUUUUUUUCUCUCCUUUUUUAAUAGAUCUGCUGGAGAAGUCCCGUGUGGUGAAACAGCCGAGGGGGGAGAGAAACUUCCACAUCUUCUAUCAGCUCCUGUCUGGAGCCUCUGACGACACGCUCAAGAAACUGAAGCUUCACCGCGACGUCAGCAAAUACAACUACCUGAGUCUGGACUCGGCCGCAGUCAACGGGCUGGACGAUGCUGCCAACUUCAGAACAGUCCGGAAUGCCAUGGAGAUCCUGGGUUUCAUGGCGGACGAGGUGCAGUCGGUGCUGGAGUUGGUGGCCGCCGUACUCAAACUGGGAAACAUCGAGUUCAAGCCCGAGUCCCGCUGUAACGGCUCAGAUGAAAGUCGCAUCAAGGACAAAAACGACUUGAAGGAGAUGUGUGAGCUGCUGGGCAUCGAACAGUCGGUGCUGGAGAGGGCGUUCAGUUACCGCACGGUGGAGGCAAAGCUGGAGAAGGUCUCCACCACCCUGAACGUGGCCCAGGCCUACUACGCCCGCGACGCUCUGGCCAAAAACCUCUACAGCCGCCUCUUCAGUUGGCUGGUGACACGGAUCAACGAGAGCAUUAAAGCACAAACUAAAACCCGCCACAAGGUCAUGGGCGUGCUGGACAUUUACGGCUUUGAGAUAUUCGAGCUUUUGUCUCAGGGCAUUGAGUGGACCAACAUCGAGUACUUCAACAACGCCAUCAUCUGUGACCUCAUCGAGAACAACCAAAACGGCAUCAUGGCCAUGUUGGAUGAGGAGUGCCUGCGACCCGGGACGGUCACCGAUGAGACGUUCCUGGACAAACUGAACACCGUGUGUGCCGAGCACCAGCACUUUGAGAGUCGCCUCAGCAAGAAUUCAAAGUUCCUCACCGACCACAGUCUGCCACACAACUGCUUCAGGAUACAGCACUACGCCGGCAAGGUUCUGUACCGCGUCGAAGGAUUCAUGGACAAGAAUAACGACCUGUUGUACCGAGACCUUUCCCAGGCCAUGUACAAGGCCAACCACAGCCUCAUCAAACAGCUGUUCCCUGAAGGCAACCCGGCCAAAGUCAACCUGAAGAGACCACCGACCGCCGGAUUCCAGUUCAAGGCCUCGGUCGGAACGCUAAUGAGGAACCUGCAGACCAAGAACCCAAACUACAUCCGAUGUAUCAAACCCAAUGACAAGAAGGCCUCCCACAUCUUCACCGAGUCCCUGGUGCGUCAUCAGGUUCACUACCUGGGCCUGAUGGAGAACGUCCGUGUUCGCCGAGCGGGCUACGCCUUCCGUCAGCCCUACGAGCCCUGUCUGGAGCGCUACAAGAUGCUGUGCAAACGGACCUGGCCUCACUGGAGAGGACCCGCCAGGGAAGGCGUGGAAGUGCUGAUGGCCGACCUCCAGGUUCCUGGAGAAGAGUUCUCCUAUGGACGCUCCAAGAUCUUCAUCAGAAACCCACGAACGCUGUUCUUCCUUGAAGAGCGACGAAGGCAGUGUCUGCAGGACCUGGCCACGCUCAUACAGAAGAUCUACCGCGGCUGGAAAUGUCGCAGCCAUUUCCUGCUGCUCAAACAGAGUCAGAUCGUGGUGGCGGCGUGGUACCGUCGAUACGCGCAACAAAAGAAGUACCAGAGGAUCAAGAGCGCCACCACGGUGGUGCAGUCCUACACCCGGGGAUGGCAGGCUCGUAAACUCCUGAGGGAGCUGAAGUACCAGAAGAGAUGUGAGGAGGCAGUGACCACCAUCUCAGCGUACUGGCACGGCACCCAGGCUCGGCUGGAGCUGCGACGUCUAAAACAAGAAGUGCGGAAUAGACACGCUGUGACAGUAAUUUGGGCGUACUGGCAGGGAACCAAGAUCCGCAGAGAGUACAGGAAGUUCUUCAGGGCAAACGCUGGCAGAAAGAUUUACGACUUCAUCAUUCAGAGGAUCAUGCAGAAAUACUUCCUGGGUCUGAAGAGCACGUUACCUUCCAUGUCACCCGUAGACCAGAGCUGGCCGGCUCGGCCGUAUCUCUUCCUGGACGGAGUCCACAGAGAGCUGCGGAGAAUCUUCCACCUGUGGAGGUGCAAGCAGUACAGGAGCCAGUUCACGCAGGAGAAGAAGGUGGUUUAUGAGGAGAAGCUGGAGGCCAGUGAACUCUUCAAGGACAAGAAGGCGCUCUACCCAAGCAGCGUGAGUCAGCCGUUCAGAGGAGACUACCUGGAGAUCAGCAAGAAUCCCAAGUACCAGAAACUGCACAGCGCCGUGGAGGAGAAGGUUCUGCUGGCGGACGUGGUGAACAAGAUAAACCGAGCGAACGGCAAGGGAACAGCCAGAAUCUUCCUGCUGGCCAAGAACAGCUUCGUCCUGGACGACCAGACGGGUCAGGUGAAGGCCAGCGUCCCUCUGCCGGACCUCACCAGUGUGUCGGUCAGCACGCAGAGCGACGGCUUCUUCGCCUUGAAGCUCAAAGAGGGCUCGGCCGCCGCCGUCAAAGGAGACUUCCUGCUCAGCAGCGAGCGCCUGAUCGAGAUCAUCACCAAACUCCACCGCACCGGGGCCACGGCCGCCGACAGGGAGCAGCUGGACGUGGACAUCUCUGACGAGUUCCUGGUCCAGUUCAAACAAGACAAAGUCUGCGUGAAGUUCAUCCAGGGAUCCCCCAAGAACGGCAACAGCGCCUCCUGCAAGCGCAAGAAUAACCGCCUGCUGGAGGUGUCGGUGCCCGCGACUGCGUAGGGCGAGGCGCCACCUACUGGUGCUGCUAGUGCUGCUCUGUUUGUGUGUAAUUUUGGAGGCAUUAGGACA